GUCGGGCGUCGAGCUCCGUCGGCCCGGGCGGAGACCGGCCGGGGGCGAGCGAUAGCAGCGGGCCCACAGGGUCCCGAGAGGACGCCGCUGGCCCCGUAGCGCGGGGGACGAAGACGGCCUUGGGCCCGGGUCGCCGAGAAGGCAGGCGGGGGUCGGACUGCGCGGUGGCGGGCUGCGUGACCCGAGACGGGGCGGCUACCUGGGCCGCCGUGUAGGUUGACCCUGAGAAGGGAGGUGCUCCUGAGCUGUCUGCAAGGAUGUUCUGCGAUGCUGUCGUUCCAGUUGUCAGAAGACUGUGGAGUCUUUUUCACUGAUGAACAAGACUCUGGUGUCCUGUAACUCUGAAGUGAAGUUGAGUCCAGUUAACAGCAGGCAUUAGAAGUAGCGGCCUACACAAACCCUAGAGAGGCUUCAUUGGCUCUCCUGCUUCUUUUGCAUCCCAAGCAUAAGCUUAAGUCGACUCAGAAGGACAAGGUCCGCCAGUUUAUGGCGUGUACUCAGGCUGGUGAGAGAACUGCCAUCUACUGCCUAACGCAAAGUGAGUGGAAGCUAGACGAGGCCACAGCCAGCUUCUUCCAAACCCCAGACGUGUUCCACAGGGAGUCCAGGCGGGACGCUGUGGACCAGAGGAAGCUGGAGCAGCUGUAUGGCAGGUACAAAGGUUUGGCUAAGUUGCUGAGGCUGGUCUCAAACUUGGAAUCCUCCUGCCUCAGCUCCCAAGGUACUACAGACCCGCAAGAUGGAGACAGAAUCGGGAUUGAUGGGAUUCAGCAAUUCUGUGACGAUCUGAGGCUGGACCCCACCAGCAUCAGUGUUCUGGUCAUAGCAUGGAAGUUCAGAGCUGCCACUCAGUGCGAAUUCAGCAGGAAGGAGUUCAUGGACGGCAUGACCGAGCUGGGGUGUGACAGCACCGAGAAGCUCAGAACCCUUCUGCCCAGCCUAGAGCAAGAGCUGCAGGACCCCGUGAAGUUCAAGGACUUGUACCAGUUUACCUUCACCUUUGCUAAGAACCCUGGGCAAAAGGGCCUCGAUUUAGAAAUGGCUGUUGCAUAUUGGAAAUUAGUGUUAUCGGGAAGGUUUAAAUUUUUAGAUCUUUGGAACACAUUUCUGCUGGAACAUCACAAAAGAUCAAUUCCACGGGACACUUGGAACCUUCUGCUAGAUUUUGGAAACAUGAUUGCAGAUGAUAUGUCUAACUACGAUGAAGAAGGAGCGUGGCCUGUCCUCAUGGAUGACUUUGUGGAGUAUGCACGGCCAGUGCUCACGGGUGGAAAACACAGCUGAAGGUGGAGCAGGUCUGGAGCCAGCCCACAUCCUGCAGGGCACACCGGGUGGUGCUGUGUGCUUCGCUGCCAGUCUCAGCCACUGUCCUUGCCAUCCCAAAGCUGGAAUGCAUCCUCCUGCUCAGAGCCACGAUGUCUGGGGCAGGCUCCGUGGGGCUGCUCCCCCAGAGGACAGCUGCCGCAGGGGUCGGCACGCUUGCUGUAGCUGCUGCUUUGGGGGAUUGCUGUCUGAUGCAGGUUCAAGGUGAAUACCAGCAGUUACCACUCGCACCCCGUCGCAUUGUGAUCACAGUACAGAGCCCUGUCUGUCCUGGGGGGAUGUGGAUAUGUCGAGUCAGACGGCCAGGGCCAGGAUGCAGCUCACCCAGGGACCCAGCGCUGUUCCUCCUGGGCUUGUGCUGUCUCUCUGGUUUGGAUAUUUGUUCUCUCAGGAUGUUUAUCUGAGACCCAUUUUAUAUUUAAGGCCCCGUUGCAGUCUGCAGUGGUGGCGUGUGUUGGCGUGACUGCAGCAAUCAGACUGUUGUCUUUCUGACAGUGCUAUUUCAACUUCCUGAGAAGUUCCGUACUUUUAAUAUUUUUUAUUUAAAAAGACAUUUUUCCUUUUUGAGUGGUGAAUUACAAAUUUAAAAUCAAAUGCUCUUGUCCCUUUCACCUGUCUGCAGUCCCACAAUGCCCAGGGUCUGGCCCUCUUACAGCCAUCCUCACGUGGACGCAAAGCCCACUCCUGGACCCUCAUCUCUUUUGCAAGCUACAGCCUGAGUUUACGCCCAGAGCCACUGGUGCGCAAGGUGCAGAGGCCCGGGGGCCACUCUCCUGCUGUUGAGCUUCGAGCAGCACCGUGCUGACCUGAGCACGCACUACAAGACCUUGUCCACCGUGUGCCUUGCUGCCCUCCUGCAGCAUGCCGUGGAGAGGCGGGCCGGGCUCUCUGGGCCAUCUCCAUGUCCUGUGCACAGGGUGCCCCUGGAACCUGCUCUGUGCUUAGCUUCUGUGUGGACAUGCCACAGCCUUAGGGAGCAGCCCCUCGCAGCCUGAGGACCAUGUGCCCUGCAAUGUGGGCAACUACCGGUGCUGCAGAGCGGAAGCCUUGCAGAGGGCAGCAGGGACAGAGGCCUGAGGGCGAGGCUGGUCUGUUCAGGGCGGGCCAUGUGACCUUUCUCAGGCUCUCUUGCCCUGUCUGAAAGAGGAGACAGCCAUCUCUAAGUCUAACUCAGCAUUUCUUCAAUAAAAUAAACUCUGGCUGUAAUAAAAACCCGAGAAGCAGUACAGCACCCCCCUAGACUGCCUGGACUCUUGUUCUGUUCGGAGAAGUUUGUAGAAUUCAGUGACUAAGUGAGGGAGGCCCGCAGUCCUUCUGUGUGUAAGUUUGAAGUUCUGUGGGACUGUCAAUAGAUACUGAAGUGAAGUUGGUCAGACUUCAAAGACCUGUGUUCUGCUGCUUCCAUUAGUCAACCUUUGAGUCCUGCAUGCUGCAAAGAUGCUAAGAACUUCAAAAUACCGCAAUAAAGUGUUUUCCCCAGA